GAAAAAGAAAAAAAAAACCGGUUCGAAAUAGAUUGACCACUGUCCAAAUAAUAUGUCUUCUUUGUAGACAUAUAUUCGCAACUCGUCUAGCCUUUUACUUCCGGUUCCUCCUGAAAAUAUCUUUGCACCGAAACUCUCAGACGACUUAGGUAUGGGGAAGAGGAAGUCAAGAGCUAAGCCAGCAACAAGGAAGCGGAUGGACAAACUUGACACUGUUUUCAGUUGUCCCUUUUGCAAUCAUGGUAGCAGCGUUGAGUGUCGCAUCGAUAUGAAGAACUUAAUCGGCGAGGCCACCUGUGGGAUCUGCCAAGAGAGCUUCAGCACUACAGUAACAGCUUUGACGGAGCCAAUAGACAUAUAUAGUGAAUGGAUUGAUGAAUGUGAGCGGGUCAAUACUUAUGAAGAAGAUGGCGCUGAGUAGAUGCCCCGCACCCCUGUCAAUGCUGGAUGGACUGAGAUUAAAAACUUACCAAGUUUGAAGUUCAUUCCAUUUCUGGCAGACAAAUAAAGAUUGCUUUUAUUAUGUUAUUUGAUAUAUAUAUAUUUCUCGUAGGAGAACAGCGUGUAUGACUAAGGUGGAAUUUCAUAGAUUGUAAAAUGAUGUGCAAAAUUUACCUGUGUAACUGUGUUGUGGUGGUUCAGCUAAAGGUUUUUCUUGUUUUGCAAACGAAAUUUCCUAGUAA